GAAAAGUGCUUUGACACUCAUCAUUUCCAGAUUAUCAUCACAGCAAAAAGCCGACAAUGGGGCCCCGCGAGUGGAUGGAAACACCGAGCGUCGUGCUGGACGAGAAGCGUCUGCGGCACAACAUCGAGCGGAUGCAAGCGUUGGCGACGGCGAACCAUGUGAACCUCCGCCCCCAUGCCAAGACGCACAAGACGCGGGAGAUCGCAACCAUGCAGUUGGAAGCUGGAGCCUGCGGUCUCACAGUAUCGAAGCCAUCCGAAGCGCUGCAAUUUCUGCGUGGUGGAGUACCAGGCCUUAAGAGCCUAACGCUGGCGUACCCAGUAGUGCAGUCCAACAAGGUGCAAGAGGUUCUCAAGGCAGCGCAGGAAGCUGGGGUGGAAUUCUUGCUGACAGUGGAUAGCUCGGAAGGUGUUGAUGCUGCGCAGAAGGCAGCGGAAGCCUGUGGCUGUACUUUGAAGUUGCUGAUUCACGUUGAUGUGGGGUAUCAUCGCGUGGGCAUUGAGGAGGACAACCCAACGCUGCUCCGGCUAGCGCAGCGAAUUGACAAGACGAGUAAUCUCGAGUUUCGCGGACUACUGUCCCACGCUGGUCACGGUUACCGCUGCAAGUCCGUCGCGGAAUGCUCUGAAGUGGCAGAGACGGAGAGGCAGAUUAUGGUUCGCAUUAAGGACAAGCUUGAGGCGAAUGGAAUCGUGGUUCCGGUCGUGUCUGUGGGCAGCACUCUGACGGAGCCUGCUCGCAAGAACUUUGCUGGAAUCACGGAAAUUCGUCCUGGAAACUACGUCUUCCUGGACCGCACUCCCGUUCGUAUGGGCCUGUUUUCGGUGCAAGAUGUGGCGUUGACUGUUUUGGCGACGGUUGUGAGCUCGAACAAGUACAAUUUCAUUGUUGAUGCUGGGUCCAAGGUGCUGAGCUCAGACGGAGCUCGUUCGGCUGGCGAGUUCGGCUCGUCGUGCUUCGGACUCGCUUUUUACGAAAAGGACUUUGAGCGUGUGGUCAAGGAGCCUACGCAGAACAAGACACUGCUCGACGAUGGAAAGGAACUCAUCUGUUUCGAAGUGACGAGUCUGUCGGAAGAACACGGAUGGGUGAAGAAGAUCGAUGGCAUUCCUUCACCUGGUAUCGGUGAGCGUCUCGUUAUCGUGCCCAACCACGCCUGUGUGGUGUCCAACCUCACCAACAAGUUCUACGUCCAAGGCGACGAGCCAAAGAGCUGGUCUCUGUUGUCUCGCGGGUGCACGCAGUAGGUUGGCAGUUUGUGGAGCACAGGAUCUCAUUGACAGACCUCUACAAGGUACUUCACGUAGUAGCUACUUAGCGUCACUAAAACCACUGCAACUGAAGGUUUUGAACAAAUUCGCGGUUGGUAGGAUCUCCCAUCCGCUGCAUCAACUCCUCCGUCGUUUGCGGUAGUUUACUAUUCGCUCCACCGUCUUUGGCUCGGAAAUUCUGCAGCAUCUGAACUGUGGCAGCCUCAAUCACUUGCAACUCUUUCGUGUGCGUUGCCAUGUAGUGGUCAAAUGCUUCUGUUUUCAGGUGAGACUCAUGCAGAGAUCGUACCCACUCGUCCUUAUAGGCAAGCUUCAUGAGAUGUCUACGGAAUGGAGAUCGCAAUAUUUUGGUGAUCAUGGCCCUGAACGUCGCGGUCUCCACAUCUGGUGCUUGUUCGCUCGGAUCUAUCGGAUAGUAAGCAGCACUUUCAGCCUUUGCAUUUGGUGGUGGUGAAUGGUACACCCAUGUCGUAAGGGCAUAUCUCGGCUUGUUCGCUGGCAUCACGCGGUGUAGCAUUUGCUGCGACGAAAACAGUACUAACUCACCGAAGCGCGGCUGCACCACUACACGUGAUUUCGGGAAUGGAUACAGCACGAUUUCGCCUCCAUCUUCUUGUUCCCACUCCUCAUUCAAGUAAAGCACAGCUGUGACGCAUUUGCCAUCGUCUCCGUACGUGUCGAAGUGCAUGGGGAAGCAGGCUCCUCGUCCAGUAUUGUGCUGUAUCUUCACCAUGUGGCCUGCCAGUCCCAACCAGUCCGGUAGCGCUUGACGUAGUGGCCCAAACACCACUUGCUGCUCGAAAAAAUCCCUCAGAUAUGGCACAGAUGACUGGUCUCGAAUCGUAUCCAGCGCCAACUCCGUCUCGAAAAUGUCGUGCUUCUCUAACAGCAGCGUCUUGGUCGCUGACUUGUCCACGUCAUUCAGUAAAACAUGCGUCGAGUUCGGGUAUAAUUGGUUACUCGUAUGCAACAGCUU